GUGGAAGCGGACGGGCGCGCGCAGCAUGUCCUCCUCCUCGCGCAAGAUCUCCUCGGAGUCGUUCAGCUCGGUGAGCUCCGACUGCCUCGAGAGUCCCGAUGAGCCCGACUGUCCGCUCUCGCGCGCCUUCUGGAACGGCCGGAGCCCGGUGGAGGCGCGCGCGUGUCCGUUCGACGAGGCGCCGCCGCCGGCCGCAGGCGCGAGGAGAGCGCAGCGCAGGAAGCGCGUGAACCUGGACUCGCUCGGGGAGAGCCUGCGAAGACUCACCUCACCCACGACACAGACGAUCGAGCAGGCUUUGCAGAGAACGGUGGAGUUCCACAGGCAGAGUAAUAAUAGCAAUGAGGACGGGUCUGAACAGAAGUGUGCAUUAGCAAAAUGUCCUUUUGUAAACUCGCAGUCCGACAACCAAACCGACAUCUCAGGAAUUCUGCAGUACACAGCGGCAAUAGUGGGUGUGGGCUUCUCGACACUCCGGGAGCGUUUCGGCGAGGAGUUUUUCGGCCUGUGUCUGGAGGAGAACGAGCGAGUUCUGCGCGCUCUUGGCGGAAACCUUCAGGACUUCUUUAACGGUUUUGACGCCCUGCUGGAGCAUGCUCGGACCUCGUACGGCCGCAGACCGUCUUCGGAGUCGCCGUCGUUCCUGUGCAAAGACGUAGAGGAUGGAGGAGAGGACGAGGUAGCGGGGAGAACUCUCCUCUUGCACUGCUUCAACCCCGACCCGACGGUGGGCGUGGCCAUGCCUGGUUUGAUCCGGGCUGCAGCACGGCGGAUCUACAGCGCAGAGGUCCAGGUGGAGGAGGCUGCUCCGACCCGGCUCCGCAUGGCCAGCAAGGACGGAGAGACCUCAGAUGACUCCGCCACCUCAUCGUCUCCGUCACCGCCCAUGUCCUCGUACCCGGGUUGUUUGUCGUUUCUCAUUCGAGAGGUUCAGACCGUGUCGCCGUCGUCGUCGCCUUCGUCGUCCCUGCGUCAGCUCUCGCGCUCGACUUUAGAUCUUCGCAUUGGACUGAGCACCUUCUGCCGGGCGUUUCCUUUCCACCUCAUCAUCGGCCCUCGCAUGGAGGUUCUGCAGGUGGGGGCGGGGCUAAAGCAGGUCGGGGAGGGGCUCAGGAAGCCACACUGGACGCUAAGCUUUAGUGACAGCUUCCAGCUCGUCUCUCCCAGAAUCCCUUGCUCCUUCCAGAACAUUUUACUGCGCCUGUCCACGCCGUUCACCAUUCGCACCCGGCCGGACCCAACAGCUCUGGAAAGCAAAGAGAAGGUGAUGGAGCUGAAAGGUCAGAUGAUCCACCUCCCCGAGUCGAACUCCAUCAUGUUCCUUGGGUCACCUCGUGUUGAUAGGCUGGAGGAGCUGAUGGGGCGCGGCCUCCACCUCUCGGACAUCCCCAUCCACGAUGCCACCCGUGAUGUCAUUUUGGUGGGUGAGCAGGCGAAGGCUCAGGAUGGCCUGAAGAAGCGGAUGGAUAAGCUGAAGGCGACUCUGGAGAGAACGCACCGGGCUCUGGAGGAGGAGAAGCGGCGCACAGUGGAGCUGCUCUACUCCAUCUUUCCUGGCCACGUGGCACAAAGACUCUGGCAGGGACUUCCUGUCCAGGCCAAGAAGUUCGACGACGUCACCAUGCUGUUCUCCGACAUCGUGGGUUUCACGGCCGUGUGUGAACACUGCACACCCAUGCAGGUCAUCAGCAUGCUGAACGAACUCUACACCCGGUUCGACUACCAGUGCGGCGUGCUCGACGUCUACAAGAUUGAGACGAUAGGAGAUGCCUACUGUGUGGCAGCAGGUCUUCAUAAGAAAUGUUUGUGUCACGCUCGACCGAUUGCACAAAUGGCCCUGAAGAUGAUGGAGCUCUCAGAGGAAGUGCUCACCCCCGAUGGAAAGCCCAUCAAGCUGCGUAUAGGGAUACACUCCGGCUCGGUGUUGGCGGGCGUGGUCGGGGUGAAGAUGCCGCGCUACUGUCUGUUUGGGAACAACGUCACACUGGCCAGCAAGUUUGAGUCUGGCAGCCAACCACGUUGCAUCAACGUCAGCCCGACAACCUAUCAACUCCUCCACGAUGAUCGCUCCUUCUCCUUCGUCCCUCGCUCCCGUCAGGACCUUCCUGAAAACUUCCCCAAAGAGAUCCCGGGAAUGUGCUACUUUCUGGAGGCGGGGAAGACUCAUGGCCACGCCCCUCUCACUAACACUCGCUCCGCCCCUAUACGGAAAGCGUCCUAUAACAUCGGGACCAUGUUCCUACGGGAGACCAGCCUUUGAGAAAAGCCCCGUUCACUUACGCUAAUAAUGCCAUGCCUACGAGGCCCGAGUCACUUCUGGCAACCCGAGGCAACUCCGCCUAUCGGAACACAUGCUCCGCCCACUGGGGUGGCUCGACGAGAAGGACCGCCGGAACGCCGCGUGAUCGUUAACGAAUAUUCAAGUUCGACUCGAACGAGACCUGAACUUAUAUAUGAAUAUAUAUUUGAAUAAAUAUAUACACACACAUAUAUAUUUGCAUAAAGCUUUCUGCUACAUACUCACAUACACACACUCACACACACGUAUAGAUAAUAUACACACUUCCCAAUAAUACGUCUAUACAAUUCUCUGUAAACUCACACACACUCAGCACUGAUUCAUGUUGGAGAACCUGGUGCCUUCUGAUAAAUACAAACGGACUGAGUGUGUGUGUGUGUGUGUGUGUGUGUUUCCACUUGUAAGGCUCCAUGCUUUAAUCUUCUACAGAUUGAACUGUCUUUCAUUAUUUUUCAUUCAUGUCCACAUCAAGACUCCAGGCUGUAGCCAUAAAUUGAACAUUGGGGGACGGACGGACGACUGAUGGGUUCUAACAUUACAUAUAUCGCGAGAGGCAUUUUGAGUAUAUCUGAAUCUUGGAGGGGACGCAACCAAUAUAUAUCGUAAUUAGGGCCACACCAAAGCUGUCAGUCAAAGCAAGUCCUCCGAAUAUGCAACUUAAAACCUGUCAGUCAAAACACGCCCUUGAACUGAAGCCACAUCAAGAUCUGUCAAUCAAACCAACCACUACAAUUCCAUCACACCAAGACCUGUCAACUGACCGGCCCCUACAAAACCCACCACAGUAAGAGCUGUUAAUCAAACUGACCACACAACCCCACCACACCUACAACUCUAAGCUGAACCAACCCCUAUAAUUCCAUUACAAAGUCCCACAAUGUCUUUCAGCCAAUCCCAACAUCUAGACCAGCCUUUCUCAACCGGGGUGCCGCGGAACCCUGGGGUGCCGUUUGGCUUCGUCAGGGGUGCCGUCAAAAAUAUUCUGACGUUACUGAUAUUAUGAAAUAAAUUUAAAAUACAAAAAAGUCAACUUAUCAUGAAAAUGUCGACCAUUAGCCGCCUCAAACAUCAAAAUUUGUCUCACACGCCCCUUUCCCCAUGCUACACCGUCAACGCGGGGGUCAGCACGUCACUGCGUUGCCUAACACUGCAAACCCCCCCCCAUUACCGCGCGAUGCAUUAGGAGAGCGUUGUGUGAAGCACAUGAACUAGCAUGGAAAGGUUUUUGAAAAAAAAAGUCUCCAGAAUCAGGUAACUCUGAAUCUGAGCCAUCAACUUCUUCAUCCAGUGGUAGCUCAGCAGCGAGGGUAGUGGAAGCCAGCAGCAAGACAAAGAAAAGACAGUACGAUGGUAGCUACUUGACGUAUGGUUUCAUCUUUACCGGUGAUCCAUCAUGCCCUCUCCCUAUGUGCCUGGUAUGUGGUAUGAAAUUGUCAAACCAAGCAAUAACACCUGACAACAAAGCCUAACUUCGAGCCUAACUCACAUCAAGAACAGGUACAGGGAGCGACUGAGGGCUCUGGACCAAGAGCUCCGUGUCUGCCUCUCAUCCAUCCCUGCCAGAAUAGGGCGAUUGUGUGCAUCAUCCCAGGCUCAGGUUUCCCAUUAAAAGUAAGUCACGUUUACCCCUCCCUCCCUAAAUGACACCUUAUGGUGUGUGUGUGUGUGCGUGUGUGUUAGCAGUCCGAGGGAUGCAGAUUGUAAGUUUUUUAAUACAUUUUAGACUGGGGUGACGAGAUUCUGCAUACUUGUAAAGGGUGCCGUGACUGAAAAAAGGUUGAGAAACACUGAUCUAGACCACGUAGAACCCUGACAAUCGAACCAAAUACUACAAACACAUGCAACCAAGACUGGUCAACUGACCAGCCCUUACAAGCCCCUCACUCUAAGAGCUAUUAAUCAAACUAACCCCACAACCCCACCACACCUACAACUCUAAGCUGAACCAACCCCUAUAAUUCCAUCACAAGAAGACAUCUCAAGUCGAAUCAACACCCACUUUAAACCCCACAAUCCCAACACGUCUACUCCUAGAAUUAUGGUCGUACUAAAUUACACUAAUAAACUGAAUGACAGAAUAAAUGGAAGCUACACUACACAGCACAGCUACAUUAAUAUCUGAAUGUAAACCUAGAACAUCCAGUGACGUCUCCAAAGACGAAAAUUCUCAUCCGUGUUUUGACCCCCCCUCUGUGUCCACAGAAUUGGUUGUAAGUUUUCCAAACUCAGUUCCCCAGGUCGCGUGUUUAUCUGCUUUAGACUUUGACAUCUUGGACAUUUUGACUAAACGAUUGCUAACUGAAGUGCCGUAGGAUUGCUAGGAUGCCUCAUAGUGCAGAUUAAGCAGUAAACGUGAGACACUUGAACGCUACACGAAUUAAAAACGUUAAAUCCGUGACGUGAUCUUCACGGCUGUGAAUUAGGUAGGGCCUUACUCUACACCAUACUGAGUCAAAUCAAACCCUGGACGCGUCACACCAAGCCCUGUCAAUCAAAUUGCACCCUCCAGAACAGAACCUGUCAAUCAAGCUGACGCCCCAAUCACACCCACAAGACCAGUAAAGUGCUUCUGUCCCCUCACACCAAACAGAGAACCACCAUAAAACCUGUCGAGAGCUGUUAAUCCAAGCAUCUCAAACAUCCAUCACACCCAGAGCUGUUAAUCCGAGCAUCUUCAGCAUCCAUCACACCCAGAGCUGUUAAUCCGAGCAUCUUCAGCAUCCAUCACACCCAGAGCUGUCGGUUAUUUUUUAUUUCACCAUGCUAAUAAAAUGAAGCAGAGCAAACUUU